UUGUAUAACAAUAGUUUUGAAAUCAAGAUGAUCAAAUAAUUAGAAAUAAAAAAUGUUUGAUUCAUUUACAAAACGAUAUCCAUUUUCAUCAUCAUCAUCAUCAUCAUCCAUAUCAGUAUCGAAACGAAAAUCCACUUCAAAAACGACAACGACUACGAUCAAUGAAAAUCAUCAUCAAUCAUUAUUGGUGGAUAAUUAUCGGCGUACCGAUAUCAAUGAACAAAAUGAACUAGUCAAAACUUUAGAUUCACGUACGACCGGUGCACGUCCAUUAAAUCAACAGGAAAAUGAACAGGAAAAACUUCGACAACAAAAAGGAUCAUUACACUGUAAAGUGAUGCUAUUGGAUGGUACUGAUAUGACAUUAUAUAUGAGAAAAAAAAGUUUUGGUGAAGAAUUAUUUAGCCGUGUUUGUGAUCAUAUCGGUUUAUAUGUUGAAUCGGAUUAUUUUGCUCUACAAUAUACUGAUACGAAUUCGCAGCUUCAUUGGCUUGAUAAUACAAAAGAAUUACGUAAACAGGUGAAAAUUGGUCCACCAUAUACGUUUCGUUUUAAAGUAAAAUUUUAUUGCUCUGAUCCGAAUACAUUACGUGAUGAAUAUAGCAGAUAUCUAUUCUUCUUGCAGCUAAAACAAGAUUUAUUAAGCGGAAAAUUGCCAUGUACGGAAGAAGUGGCCUCAACAUUAGCCUCAUAUUCAUUGCAAUCAGAAUUUGGUGAUUGUGAACCUGAUGAACAUGAUCUCGCAUUUGUUUCGGAAUUUCGUUUUGUUUCUGGCCAAACCGAACGAUUGGAACAAAAAAUAUUAGAUGAAUGGCGUUCAUUACGACCAAUAUUGCCUGAUGAUGUUGCUGAAAAUAAAAAAGAAUCAUUAAAAGCUGCGCUAUCAAUGGAUUCAGCAACAGCCGAAUCUAAUUUUCUAAAUAAAGCUAAAUGGCUAGAAAUGUACGGUGUUGAUAUGCAUAUUGUUCUUGGUAAAGAUGGUAAUGAAUAUAGUUUAGGAUUGACGCCCACCGGUAUACUAGUAUUCGAAGGUAAAACAAAAAUUGGCCUAUUUUUCUGGCCUAAAAUCAAAAAACUUGAUCUACGCGGAAAGAAAUUGAUAUUGGUCGUUGUCGAGGAUGAUGAUGAUGGCCAUGAUGAGGAGCACACCUUUGUUUUUCGUUUGCAUACAUCAAAAACAUCGAAACAUCUUUGGAAAUGUGCUAUUGAACAUCAUGCAUUUUUUCGACUAAAAUCUCAACCACAAUUUGAACGUGGUAAAACAAGACAAAGUUUCGUAAGAAUGGGUUCACGCUUUCGUUAUUCUGGACGGACACAAUUUCAGGCAAUUAUACAGCAACAGAAAACAGCACAACAGGAAAGUAAACGAAAUUUUGAACGACGACCAUCACAAAGGUUUAGCCGUCGUUCUGUUAAAUCGAUUCAUGGUGCUAAUGCUGCUGCUAUUGCAACUGGUAAUUCUCUCACUACUAGUUCAUCGAAUAUAACUAUCGCCAGUCCAUCGAUAACGAACAAAACAUCGGCCAUUAAUAGUCCAUUGGUCAAAUCGGUUGUUAUCGGUUCAAAAAUGAUUGAAAGAUCAAAUAGUCAAACAUCGGAUAAAAUCCAUAAUGUCAAUAAUAAAACUACGACAACAGUAACAGUGACAAAUAACAAAUCGAUUGCUGCCACAUCGGAUACAUCGAUUCCAUCGUCAUCAUCGACGUCCGAACAAACAUCACCUGAACAACGUCUUGAUAAUCUGAUCAAAUCGCUAUCAAAAACAGAUCCUAUGGUCAAUAAUGUCAAUACUAGCAAUGUUGAACAAAAGACUGAAAUAAUGGUCAAUAUUUCCAAUGAUGAUCACCAUUUUAAUCAUUCAGAUUUCGAUGAUGAUGAUGAAGAAGAAAUCGGACGACGAUAUUCAAAACGAACAAACAUUACGAAUAUUAAAGCUGUUAAGAAUUCAAAUAUCAGUCAUAACAACAGCAGCAAUAAUAAUAAUGGUCUCAUUUCGAAACACAAAAUGUCAAACAUGGAUGCAAUGAAUAAUAAUGUUCGACUGAUGGAAACAGCAGUUGCAUCAACAACGACGACAACAUCGACAACGACAAUAACAACAUCGACUAUAUCUGAACGAAGGAUUAAUAAUUCCACUUCAAUCACCUGUAAUAAGGCAAAAUGUAAUAUUUUAAAAGCCAAAGAGUUACAGAAAGAACAUGUUUAUGGUGAUGGUGGUGAUGAUAUAUGUGCUACUUGUAAUGGCGUAGGAUUAAAUGAUUCCCAAUCAUCAUCAACAAAGGUUUCAGUUAAUGGUUUUAACAAUAAUAAUCAUAACAUUGGAAAUAGUAGCACGACAACGUCAUUUGGACAAAAAACGCAGACAAGCCUAGAUGAUUCAUUCGAAUCAUCUAGAUCCAAAGAUGAUGAUGGUGAUACUACAGGUGGCCGUAUAUCGAGCUCGGAAAAUGAGACACUUAUUAAUGAAGAAGAUGAAGAUUUGAUACCAUUGAUUAAUCGUCCGAAUGAGAAUAAUAUAACAAUCAUACCAAUUCAUAGUGGUGCUGAUCAUGUCCAUAAUAUAAAUGGCACAGCCUUUAAUAACAAUAGAAAUAAUAAUAACGUUGAUAGUCGAACCACGAAUCAUUCAUCACGUCAAUGGAAAAAUAUUAAUAAUAAUAAUAAUAACAACAACAACAACUGUGAUCAACAAUCGAUUAUCGUACAUAAAGCUACUAAAUCAUUGGAUGGCGGUUCGAUUGCGGCACAAAAUAAUCUUCUAAAAAAUAGUAACAGUUUUACGAACAAUUCCAAUUCAAGUGGCCGUAAUGGAUUCUAUCCAAAAUAUCCAAACGGUGGAAGCAGUGGCCUUAGUAGCGGUAGUACAAGUAGUAGUCAAAGUAAUCUUCAACCAUCUGAUGAUUCAUGUCGUGAAUCAUUGUCCCCGUCCCCAGUUCUUGUUGAAACAUCAUUUGCCUGUGCAAAUCCUAUUACUAGAUCGGUUUCCGUUCUCAAUAAUAAUAAUAACAAUAAUAUCGUAGCCACCGGCCCUGGAAUUCUGAAUUCAAAUUCGAAUAAUGUUGGAAUCAACCACAACAACAAUAAUAAUAAUAAUAUCUCGCCAUAUAUUGUUUCAGCAACCUGUGAUUCAAUGAAACGUAGCACUUCAAUAAAUAAUCAUCACCAUCAUCAUAAUCAACAUCAAACGGCUAAUAAACGGACUGUCAUGACUACAGAAUUGUAAUGAAUACGAUUUAACAUUAUUCAAAGUGAUAUUUUUUCUUUGUUUUUUUGUAUAUUUGUCAUAUAUUUCAUCAUUCAUUCCAUUCGAAAUGCAAUUAUUUCCAUUGAUAA